CCGCGUGUGCGCGCCUCCCCAAGCCGGCGGGGACGGCCGCUCGGUUCCUCCGCGAGCCGUGGGCUCGGGCCGCCGGCCUCUCCACCCGAGCCUAGCCGGCGGGGAGCCCGCGGGCCCAGGCUGCCCCCUCAGGCCCCUUCCCCGCCAGGCCGUUCUGCCACCUUCCUGCGUGGCCCGCGCAGCCCGUCCCGCUAGGGCUUGGUUAACGUUCGCGGCGCGAGUGGAUGGAGGGCGGACCUGGAGUUCUCUUGGACCGAGGGCUCCAGCGACGGUGGCCGAAGAGCCCGGCGGGCCCGACUCCACCUUCCCGCCUCGGGGGCUCGACUUCGCAGUUUCGGUUUCCUCUGUAACAGGGCAGUCUCGAUACAGUCACCCUGGAGAACAUUCGUGAGCAUCUGGGGGCGAGCCUCUGUUUCCCAGGUGCAGCCCCAGGGAGGGCCUGGCCGUGCGGGAUAAGCUGGGCCCGAGGUCUCCGACUUGCUCCAUAAAAACUUCCAGAACAGAAUGGAAGCAGCAUGCAGAUGGCAUGUGGCCCCCUAAGGCAGCCAUUUUUGACUCUCUCUGUGAAGCUGCUAUGGCAUUCCCUCACUUGCAGCAGCCGAGCUUCCUCCUGGCUACCCUGAAAGCUGACUCUACUAAUAAACCCUUUGCACAACGCUGCCAAGACUUGGUGAAAGUCAUUGAGGAUUUUCCAGCCAAGGAGCUGCAUGUUGUCUUCCCAUGGCUGGUCGAGAGCAUCUUUGGCAGCUUGGAUGGUGUCCUUGUUGGCUGGAACCUCCGCUGUCUACAGGGGCGUGUGAAUCCUGUGGAGUACAGCAUUGCAAUGGAAUUUCUAGACCCAAGUGGCCCAAUGAUGAAGUUGGUUUAUAAACUUCAAGCUGAAGACUACAGAUUUGACUUUCCUGUGUCCUACCUCCCUGGCCCCGUGAAGGCGUCCAUCCAGGAGCAUGUUCUCCCUGACAGUCCUCUGUACCACAACAAGGUCCAGUUUCCGCCCACCGGAGGCCUUGGCCUGAACUUGGCCCUUAAUCCAUUUGAGUAUUACAUGUUCUUCUUUGCUUUGAGCCUCAUCUCUCAAAAGCCACUGCCUAUGUCCCUCCAUGUUCGUACUUCAGAGUGUGCCUAUUUCAUCCUGGUGGACAGGUACCUGUCAUGGUUCCUGCCCAUUGAAGGCAGCGUGCCCCCACCAUUUUCUUCCAGUCCAGGGGGGACCAGCCCCUCACCAGCUCCCAGGACACCAGCCAUGCCCUUUGCCUCUUAUGGCCUCCACCACACCAGCCUCCUGAAGCGACACAUCUCUCACCAGACCUCUGUGAAUGCAGACCCUGCCUCCCAUGAGAUUUGGCGGUCAGAAACCCUCCUCCAGGUUUUUGUUGAAAUGUGGCUUCAUCAUUAUUCCUUGGAGAUGUACCAAAAAAUGCAAUCCCCACAUGCCAAGUUGGAGGUUCUACACUACCGACUCAAUGUCUCCAGCGCCCUCCACAGCCCUGCCCAACCCAGCCUCCAGGCCCUCCACGCCUACCAAGAAUCCUUCACACCCACAGAGGAGCAUGUACUGGUAGUACGCCUGCUGCUGAAACACCUGCACGCCUUUGCCAACAGCCUGAAACCAGACCAGGCUUCACCUUCUGCGCACUCCCAUGCCACCAGCCCCCUGGAGGAGUUCAAGCGGGCUGCUGUACCACGGUUUGUCCAACAGAAGCUCUAUGUGUUCCUGCAGCACUGUUUUGGCCACUGGCCUCUGGAUGCAUCCUUCAGAGCUGUCCUGGAGAUGUGGCUGAGCUACCUGCAACCAUGGAGGUAUGCCCCUGAGAAGCAGGCUCUGAGCAGUGAUUCCCAGCCACGAUGUGUAUUGGAGAAAUGGGCACCCUUCAUCCAGGAAAAUCUGCUGAUGUAUACCAAGCUAUUUGUGGGCUUCCUGAACCGUGCACUCCGCACAGACCUGGUCAGCCCCAAGAAUGCACUGAUGGUAUUUCGAGUGGCCAAGGUCUAUGCCCAACCCAAUUUGGCUGAAAUGAUCCAGAAAGGUGAGCAGCUGUUCCUGGAACCAGAACUCAUCAUUCCCCACCGCCAGCAUCGGCUCUUCACAGUAACCAGCAGCUUUCUGUCACCAUGGCCCCCAGUUGUGACGGAUGCCUCAUUUAAGGUGAAGAGCCAUGUCUACAGCCUGGAGGGCCAGGACUGCAAGUACACCCCAAUGUUUGGUCCUGAGGUCCGGACCCUGGUCUUGCGCCUUGCUCAGCUCAUCACACAGGCCAAGCAGACUGCCAAGUCCAUCUCUGACCAGUGUGUGGAGAACCCAGCUGGCCGUUCCUUCCUGUCAUGGCUGGGCUUCUGCUCCACAGACCCAAAUGCCUGCUACCCAGCCAAUGACAUGGAUGAGAUGGGCCAGGACAGUAUCCGAAAGACAGACGAAUACCUGGAGAAAGCCCUGGAAUACCUCCGCCAGAUCUUCCGACUCAGUGAAGCCCAGCUGGCCCAACUCACACUUGCCCUGGGAAACACACAGGAUGAGAAUGGGAAGAAGCAGCUCCCAGACUGUAUUGUCGGGGAAGAUGGACUCAUCCUUACGUCCCUGGGCCGCUAUCAGAUUAUCAAUGGGCUACGAAGGUUUGAAAUUGAGUACCAGGGGGACUUAGAGCUGCAGCCCAUCCGGAGCUAUGAGAUCACCAGUCUGGUCCGAGCACUCUUCCGACUGUCCUCCACCAUCAACCGCAGAUUUGCAGGCCAGAUGGCAGCUCUGUGUUCCCGGGAUGACUUCCUUGGUAGUUUCUGCCGUUACCACCUCACUGAGCCUGCGUUGAGCAAUAGGCACCUGCUGAGCCCUGUGGGACGAAGACAUAUAGCCAGCCCUGCCCGGGGCCCCAGGCUCAGCCUGCGUUUCCUGGGGAGUUACCGGACACUGCUCUUGCUCCUGAUGACCUUCUUUGUGGCCUCUCUGUUCUGUAUUGGACCCCUACCCUGUUCCUUACUCCUGGUCCUGGGCUACCUCCUCUAUGCCAUAGCCAUGACACUGCUGACUGAGCGGGGAAAGCUGCAUCAGCUCUGACCUGCUGGCCACUCUUCAGAGCAGACUGCUAGGGUUUGAUGCACAACUCCUUCUUGGGCCUGAGAAGCCCUGGCAGGUUACUUAGAAGCCAGGUCAUCUUUGAAGUUCUUGGGGGUGGUUUCCUGCAUAAGUGGAGUCAUUCAAAGAACCUGGGCUGGGAAGGGAGAGGGGUUCAGGCCUGGGAUAGAAAGGACAGUGUCAGAGGGUUCACUGGCCAUUCUGAGCAACAACUAGUGCUGGCUAUGAGUACUUCUCACCCUCAGCCCAAGGGCUAAAAGCAACUAAGCAGCUAGUCUCAAGGCCUUUGUGAUUAUUUUAGUAUUUUUCUGUGCAGAGCUCAGGAACUGGUGUGACCACAGCUGGUUCUAGGUCUAUGCUUUGUGGGAGCUGAUCCAGCCUGAGCCUGGCUGUGAGGUGGGUGGAAUGGGUUGUGAUGCCUUCUCUCCCUAUGAAGUACCAAGACAGUAGCUCAGCAUCUGCUCCAGGGAAGAAUCAAAGUUUCUAAGAGAUUCAUGAGAAAAGUAGAUAAUGGCUCUUGAUUUUGCUAUAUUUGGCAAGCCAAGGAUUAGUCGCUGUUCUUCGCUGUUCUUCCAGCUAGUCCCCAGAAGACCCUCUCAGCACAGAUCCACAACAAGACCUCUGGUCCUCAAGUGGUUCAGUGAGCAUGUUUCUUUGAGUGGGUUCCACCCUUCACGGUGCCAUGUGGCAGGCAAACAUUGCAGAUGGGCACUGGUCUUUCAGCAGCAUGGGGAUAGAAUUGGAUUCUACCAGCUUUUGUGGACAGCAAAUUCAGCAUUGUUUCUACCCUGUAAAACCAAAUGCUUCAAGGCACAGUCACCUUUGAUUAACACCAACACUGUAUCACAGCAAAGCUAAACUACCAGGGGGCCCAUCUUUGGCAUCCUGCAGAUGACACUAGCAACAACAGCCUCUCCAUGGUGAUUUAAAACCAAGCAAACUUUUUCAAGUUUAAACACCAGGCUUUGUAUUUUAAUGUCAUUUCAGAAUACAUCUUGGAACCCAUGACCAAAAGCCAAACCAAAACUUAACUGACCAUGGUUCUGAAUAAACCAUUCUUUGGA